CGAGAUCUACCCUGACAAAACUUCCAGUGCAGCGCGUCAGCGGUGAAGUUUGGAGGAAAAAUUUGACUUCGUAAACAGUUGAGGAGCUCAAACAUAAAACUGACUCAGGCCAAAGCCAGGCAGUCACCAUGGACGAUUUAGACGCGUUGCUGGCGGACCUGGAAUCCACUACGUCUCACAUCUCAAAGCGCCCGGUGUUCUUUCCUGAGGAGACCCCCUACUCCAUCCCCACCGGAGGACACUCCUACCAGGAUGUGUCUGUUCCGCCUCCAGUCCCUCCGCCACCCUCAGCCGAGGCUCUGAACGGGUCCCUGAUAGAUCAGCCAGACUCCCCGCACUCCUCUCUACAUUCAUUAGGUUCAGCCCAGAAGAGCUCCUGGUCCAGAGACAGUAGCAGCCCUUCGUUGUCUCACGUUGAAGAGGACCACGUGUACAGUUUUCCAAACAAACAGAAGUCAUCAGAUUCUUCAACAGCAGCCAUGACCUCUGCCAUGGGCAGUAACCUGUCCGAGCUCGACAGGCUGCUGCUGGAACUCAACGCAGUGCAACAGAGCUCCCCUUCAUUCCCCACUACAGAAGAGGCGGCUCCACCCUUACCGUCCUGCAGCAUCACCCACUACGAGAACGGCAGCGCCCCUGACAUCACUGUGAGCCCUCCCCCUCAGGAGAAACCCAAGAGGAACGGCACGAGGCUGGAUGAGGCCCGACCCAGCGUGGAGAGUCUGCUGGACGAGCUGGAGGGCUCGGUGCCUUCACCCAGUCCCUCUGCCCGCCACAGUGAUUUGGACACACCCUCUCAGCAGCAAGCCAGAAUUUCAGCUUCCUGUGCAACAAGAGAGCUGGACGAGCUGAUGGCUUCUCUCUCUGACUUCAAGCCCAGUUCUUUGGGCUCUCUGCUGGAUCCAGCAGGAGCGUCUUCCCCCUCUCCUCAUCCUCCAGUCUCUUCUUCCGUCACCCCAGUGGCUUCUCCUUUUCCUAGCCUGUCCCACCCGUCUGCUUGUGCCUCUCCUCUUUUCUCUUCCCCUAUUGGUUUUGAGCUGCACAUAGACGAGGAUGGAGGAGACGGUGGCAUGUCGACUCACCGUUUCCAUCCCCACAGUCCCAUAUCCUCUCUCUCUGCAGCCAGUGACUUAGACCAGGACUCUAUCAUAGACGUCUCCGCCUCCAUGCUGUCAUCCCAAACCAAGUCCCUGCUAGUCCUCUCUCAGGCCUCUUCCUCUAACUCCAACCUUAUGAGAAAUAGCCCAAGCCUUUCCAACACCACCACCCCCUCCCUUACCUCCGUUAACACCGUCCUGGACCAUAAGUCAUCCAAGUCCCCCAGUCCAUCUGUAGAGCGGGUCUCGCCUUCACAUACUGUUGGUAAAUACCCUUCUUCUCCUCAGUCUACCAGCAAGGGGGGUCCUUCAUUUCAAGAUAUCGUUUUGAAUUUUUCCACUCCACCUCCUGUCAAAAACUUCACCCCUCCCCUCUCAGCUCCAAAGACUCCUUCGCCCAUCCCAGUCGCUGCACAUGCUUCCUCUACGCCAUCUCCAGUCUGUCAAUUUAAAGCCCCCUCUCCACCGGCCUUCACAAGCCCCAGCAGGCCGCUGCUGGAGUCUGCCACCCACAGCCCCUUCGCUGCACAGCCACCCCCGAUGGUGGAGCCCUCCCUGGACGAGGCCCUGGACAAUCUUCUAGCCAUGAGUUUUGCACAGAAUAACUCUGCGUCACAGGUGGAGGAGCUAAAGAUGGAGGCACAGUGUCUCGGCAGAGGAAUGCCGGAGGUGCACGAGGAGCUCGUCCUGCCCAUGGACAGAAACAGCGUGCAUCCUGACACUUUCACCAGCGCCACCAACACCAUCACAGACGGCUCUUUGGACGGAGGCACUAACGGGGAUGGAGAUCUGGACUGGGCAGAUGAGGAGUUUUCCAUGUCCUUCCACGACGGCACCAUGACGCCUUUCACCGAGAGGCCGUACACAGAUGGCAGCAUGACCCCGCUGACAGAGGCCAGCUGGAUGGAUGGGUCCAUGACCCCGUCUACAUGCCCCGGGACUCCUGACGUGGCCCUGGACCUGCCCCUGAUGCAGACUCCUACUAUAGACAGAAUGUCUGCUUCCGGACAUGUAUGCAUCUCCACUCCUAAUAAGUGCAUGAAGUGUGUCUCUGAGCUCGCUGACCACAGCAUCCCGGCCUGUCAGGGGUCUGACUUACCUGCCGCCUCAGAGCUCUGCUGUUGCUGCUUCGUGUUUGGUAAGAUGCUCACCAUUCCCUCUCAGAUAAAGUCCGUGAUUAGGCGCACAAAGGAGACUCCCAACGUCCACCCCAUGUUCCGAGAUGGUCACCUGCGCAGGAAGAUGGGCCCCGUCAUUGUGAACAAGAACACUUCUCAGGACCGCCUCAUCGAGGAGCUUCAGGGAAAGUUUGGGAUCGGCCGCUCAGAGCGCCGGAAUAAAAAGACUGACGAGUGGCUGACGGAUGGCGUCAUCGUCUCGUCCAAACCUCAGCGUUUCCGUCCCGAGGGGGCCGGUAGUGAGGUCGACAAGAUCAUAAUUCCCCCAGAGUCGCCUGUCCCUGUGAGGAAGGUACUCCCCCCUCCCUCUCCCCCACCCCCUCGUCCCCCUCCUAUCAUAGAAGAAUCCAAGCGACCAAUCCCAGUACAGCAGCCUCCUAUCCCUAUACCUCCACCACUCCCUCCUCCUCCUCCUCCUCCACAACCUCCACACCCUCCCCACGUCCGCGAACCAGUUCCUAUAAAAGCCCCACCUCCACCAGCCCCAAUUCAGGAACCUCCUGCUCCCAAACCAGAGCCCCCUCCACCUGUUAUUCAAAGCCCACCCCCACCUUCACCUGUGGAGCCCCCGAUUCCACCCAAAGUGCUGGUGUCAGUAGGCUGCCAAACCGAGUAUGACCCAAUCUUCCCUCCAAUGCAGGCACGAACCCCCGUCUCUUAUCCCUUCUUGUGUUUCCACUCUUUAACUGUUAUUAUGGCCCAGGGGAAGGGCGGUGUUCCCGGUGGGCCUCCAACACAGGUCAACAAGCUGGACAACAUGCUCGGCAGCCUGCAGUCUGACCUCAACAAACUGGGUGUGCAGACGGUGGCUAAAGGGGUCUGCGGAGCCUGCUGUAAGCCAAUUGUGGGACAGGUGGUGACUGCCAUGGGCCGCACAUGGCACCCUGAACACUUUGUGUGCACACACUGUCAAGAGGAGAUCGGCUCCAGGAACUUCUUUGAGCGUGAAGGGUUGCCGUACUGCGAGACGGAUUACCACAACCUGUUCUCCCCACGCUGCCACUACUGCAACGGGCCCAUCCUGGAUAAAGUUGUGACGGCGCUGGACAGGACAUGGCAUCCCGAACACUUCUUCUGUGCUCAGUGUGGAUCCUUCUUCGGCCCAGAAGGCUUUCAUGAAAAGGAUGGGAAAGCCUUUUGCAGGAAGGACUACUUUGACAUGUUUGCACCAAAAUGUGGCGGCUGUGCCAGAGCCAUUUUGGAGAACUACAUCUCAGCGCUGAACAGCCUUUGGCAUCCUGAGUGUUUUGUUUGCAGGGAGUGCUUCACCCCGUUUGUGAACGGAAGCUUCUUCGAGCAUGACGGUCAGCCCUACUGUGAAGUGCACUACCACGAGCGCCGCGGCUCACUCUGCUCCGGCUGCCAGAAGCCCAUCACGGGACGCUGCAUCACCGCCAUGGCUAAGAAGUUCCACCCGGAGCACUUUGUCUGCGCCUUCUGCCUGAAGCAACUCAACAAAGGCACCUUCAAAGAACAGAACGACAAACCCUACUGCCACGGCUGCUUCAUCAAGCUGUUCAGUUAGAGAGAGAGCGAGAGCGUUUAUGGGUCAGGGCUGAGGUCAGCGUCUAGAGCAUCUUUAGCACAGGGAGGGUGGGGCGGGUUAAUUGUGUUUAUAUCAAGAGGGUUGUCUGUGAUCUGAGGGUGACAUUGGAAGUGUUUAUGGACUAGGGAUGUGCAUGGGGUUGAAGCAGCAGACUGUCUCUGCCGGACUUAAAUACUGUCAAAACGUCCCUGUGUUCAGACUGACAGAGGUGCGGUCUCAAAGCUCCUAUAGGUUUUGAGUUGGUCAGUGAGAAUAACGACACACUAACGUGACAUUACAAGGUGUUCGUUAAUCAACACUGAUAUGCACACACCACGGUUAUCUUCUUAAUCCUCUGGAAUGUGUUGGAUCAUGUCAACGAGCAAAUAGCUGUGUGUAAAUCUCUUAUAAAAUUCUCUUUUUAAUCUUUUUAGUUUUUAUGUGGUUGGAUGGUGAAAUCUUACUGAACACUGUAGAGGGUCUGCAUGUUGGACAUUGCUGCUCACUGGUUGAGCGUGUCAUUUCAGAAACAAUAGAAAUAUAUCAAUUGAGAAAAACAACAGUUGUUUAUUAACAUCACAAUAUAAACUUCAAAGGUGGGUAGAAGGCUCCCCCCCUCAUGUUGUGAAGUUGGACAGACCAGGAGUGAGUCUAUGAUUCACUGGAGCAUAGACUGGAAAUGCUGCUUCACCAUUUACAGUAAUGUUGUGAAAUGGAUUUUAGGGUUUAUACAAUUUUACAGACUCAAGAAACACCUGCAUAAACAUUUGUUCCUAAGGAUACCAGAGCUGCAACAGACCAGACAUUAAUCACUAAAGCUUUAACACUAUUUUCUUACAGUUUAUAGACUGAAGAUUAAAAAUAAUGAAAUGAAUCUGAAGGUUGAUCGAUGUAAAACAAUCAUUAGUUUCAGCCCUACUGUUUGAACUUUAUAAAUGAAUGUUAUACAGUUUUCAGAAUCAGUGUCCAACACAGCAGUUCACUUUAUCCACAGAUAAUCCUGUGUGGAUGAAUAUUUCUUUGAUAUAUCGAGGAUGAGACUCAGUAUGUACCAUCCACCAGUCGCUGCAGUAUUCACUGAGUCACACAUGUUUGAGCCAACCUCAUGUUUUUGUGCUGCCAAAUCAUUCCUUGUAUUUUCACAAAAGAAAAGAGGACAUGGUCUGAAAACAGAUUCUUGCCUUUGUCUCUUAGCAGUGAAGUGGAAUCACACAAAGAUUUGGGGAGUAUAUGGUGCAUCUCUAACACUAACUUUAUUGUUUGUAGGUACAUCCUGAGCAGUUCUUCUGUAAAUAUCAAAUGCAGCUACAUUUGACAGUGCUGGCAUGCUUAGCAUGUACGUGUGUUUAAACCACUCUUUCAAAGGGAGAGGGAGCGGGCUGAAGGCAGAGAUACUUUGAUAUUUUUGGUGUCAUUACUGUAUUGAGAAGCUGAUGAAUGUUCACUAUUUGAAAGAAGUGCAAAAUACGAGAGGAUUUGUCUGUGAUAUUCCAAUGACUCUAUGAAACUGUGGAUUACCAGCUUUGUAUUUCAGCAUCAGCUUGUAACGUCUGAUCAUUUCUCUCUUUGCCAUUGUUUCAGUACCAUGUCUAAUAACACUGGCAAUUUCAGCAAGUACACUAAUUACAGUUCAAUAGUCCACAAUUGUGUUUUCUUGUUAUUAGUCUGUGAGUCCACUGAAAAACGUCGGCUGUAAAGUGGUGGUUUGUUGAUGACUCAGCAUCUGAGUUGCAUCUACUGUAUACAUGUAAUCAGAAACAGAAACCUAUACCGUGCCUUUUGUCUUGUUCAGGGAAUACUAGAGCCUUAAAUAUUUUCUCACUCUAUUUAAGAUAUCAUGUAACAGUUGUCUUUUUGAAUCAAUUUAGUGGAGUGUGAUUUAACCAAAGCCAUACCAUCUUUUGAAUUGUGUUUUGUGUCUUUACACCUUUUUUUCCCCUCUCCGAAUGUCAACAGUAAUGGACAAAACGUUUCUUCACCUCUAGUCUGAUUACGCAAAUAAAUUCUGUUUUGCUAUCAAAA